AUGGCGGACGGAGGAGCAGCGAGUCAAGAUGAGAGUGCAGCACCAGAUUCUGUAAUAAAUAAUCUGUCAGAAACAAGUAAAUGCGCAAUGGAAAAUGAGAACACAAACAUAGGUGCCCAAACAAAAGGAAUGGACUUUCAGAGGCAGAUAGUGCAAACAUCAAGUGCAAUUAGCAAUGCACAAGCACAAGCCCUGCUCCAACAGUUGACACUAACUCCAGCGCAGCAGCAGUUGUUGCUGCAGCAGGCUCAGGCACAGCUCCUGGCUGCAGCUGUGCAACAGCACUCAGCCAGCCAGCAAAACAGCACCACAGGAGCAAACAUCUCUGCCUCCGCUGCAACGCCGAUCACACAGAUACCCCUUUCUCAGCCUGUCCAGAUCACACCUGAUUUGUGUCAGUUGCAGCAGCUGCAGUCAAAUCUCAGCCUUCAGCAGUUUGUACUGGUACAGCCUGGCCAUUCCAUUGCUGCCCAGCUGCAGUCACCACAGUUCAUCAUCUCACAGACGCCACAGCAAAGUCUCUUGCAAGCCCAGAAUCUUCUAACUCAACUACCUCAAAGUCAAGCCAACCUCCUGCAGACUCAGCCAAGUAUUACUUUAGCCACACAGCCGGAGAUGCCAACUCGCACGAUAGCAGCUACCCCAGUUCAGACCCUGCCUCACAACCAGACAACACCAAAGCGUAUUGACACCCCCAGCCUGGAGGAGCCAAGUGACCUAGAGGAACUAGAACAGUUUGCCAAGACCUUCAAACAAAGGAGAAUCAAACUGGGCUUCACUCAGGGGGAUGUUGGCCUUGCAAUGGGAAAGCUAUAUGGAAAUGAUUUCAGCCAAACCACCAUCUCUCGCUUUGAGGCUUUAAACCUAAGCUUUAAAAACAUGUGCAAGCUGAAGCCUUUGUUGGAGAAGUGGCUCAGUGAUGCAGAGAACCAGACUUCAGACCAAGCCUUGUCUAUCCCCAGCUCUCUUGGCUCCCCUGGGCUGGGCAUGGAAGGACUAAACCGUCGUCGCAAAAAAAGAACCAGCAUUGAGACCAACAUUAGAGUGGCCUUAGAAAAUAGCUUUUUAGAGAACCAAAAACCUACCUCUGAGGAAAUCACACUGAUUGCUGACCAGCUGAACAUGGAGAAGGAGGUGAUUCGCGUGUGGUUCUGCAAUCGCCGGCAGAAGGAGAAGAGGAUCAACCCGCCCAGCAGUGGCAGUGCCAUCAGCACACCCAUUAAAGCAAUCUUCACCUCUUCCACACCCCUGGUGCCUACCACAGCCACUGGUCUUGUGACCAGUAGCACCUCAACUACACUAACUGCAAAUCAUGCUUUGCCUCUUACAAACACAGGUGUCUCCAGCAUUAGCCUCGCUGGAACCACUGUAGGCUCAGCAACCACCAACACUGCAUCUGUAAUUUCUACAGUGCCCUCUGUGACUGCAGCAACAUCAUCACCCUCGCUAAGCCUCUUACCCAGUGCACCUCAGGCCUUGUCGGCUGAGUCUGGAUUGGCUCAGGAGCAGACAGGAACAGUCACCCAGGCACCCUUAACACUGGCUAACACGCUAACUACAGGUCAGGUGAUGGUGGCAGCACCUGGCCUUUCCGCUGCACUGCAAGGAGCUGCUCAGCUACCCACCAGUGCCAACAUUGCUGCCAUGGCAGCAGCUGCAGGCCUUAACCCGAGCCUCAUGACCUCCUCACAGUUCACUCCAAGUGGGGCUUUGCUGAGUCUGGCUCCUAGUGGUCUUGGCAGUGCAUUGAGCCCAGCACUGAUGAGCAACAGCACCCUGGCCACUAUUCAAGCUUUGACCUCCAGUGGGACUCUGCCCAUCACUUCUUUGGAUGGCAGUGGGAACUUUCUAUUUGCAAAUGUCAGCUCUGGCAGUACCCCAAACCUGGUGACAGCACCACUCUUCCUCAGCCCUCAGAACCUGUCACUGCUCACCAGCAAUCCAGUGAGCCUGGUGUCAGCCGCAGGAGCUGCUGGUGCCGCUGCGGCUCUUAACCUACAUGUCACUGCAGACACACAGCACAGUUCUGCCACUACAGCAGCUGUGGCUGUCUCCACCAUCAGUACCGCCUCCAAGGCCCAAUGA